GAGAAAGAAUAGCUGUGCUCCGCUGCACCGCCCUGACGAGGAUGGUGGCCGGGUCUCCUGCACUGCUCCUCCUGCUCAGCCUGGGGCUCUGCUUCACCGGUGCCCAAGGACAGGGGAACACGAUGGCAGUCAGUUUCCUCAACAGGAGUAUGAAGCACCCAAAGGAAGGGCAGCGGCUUGGGCUCGAGUGUCAUACAUACAAAACCUCCUGGGGAGUCUCCUGGAUCCGCCUGGACAAGGAUGGCAACCUUCACUUCAUUGUCUACAUUUCCAAGUUUUCCUCAACCACUUUCCCAGGGAACAAGGGAGCAUCUUCACAAUUUGAGGUGUCAAAACAAGGCAGCUCCUAUCGGCUGACAGUGAAGAACUUCAGGGCACAGGACCAGGGGAUCUAUUUCUGCAUUGCCAACAUCAACCAGGUGCUGCACUUCAGCUCUGGACAACGUGCUUUCUUCCCAGUCACAACAACAACAGCAGCACCCACCACACUCAGAGCAGUCACACUCACUGCCACCACCCAGAGCAGCCAGGUCACCAUGAAGGACAUCUCCCAGCACAGCCCGGAUCCAGGAAGAAGCAAGGAGAACAUGCCCAAUUUCUGCUGUAAAUUAGUCAUGUGGGUUAACCUGGCUUGUGCCUGCCUCCUGCUCCUCACUGCCAUAACCAUCACCACCACGCACUGCCAAACAUCAUAAUUCAAUGAAAGCAAUGAACAGUAGUGACAGAGAAGCAAAAUGGGGAGGAGUGUCAUGGAGGGAGAUUCAUCCUGAAGAGUUCCAUGCCAGCUUACAGCAAACAACAGUGCCUUUAACAGGCUCUGCCUUAAGGCAGAACUCAGUAUUCUCCUUUAUUCUCAUCAAACCUCCAUUUCAAAUGCAAGAUUGAGAUUUAAGAGUAAAUUCAGAAAUCGUCACUGUUACUUUGGAUUCCUCCUUGCUAAACAGAUCAGACGUUCCCAUGCUAACAGCAGGAAGCAUCAGCAGUGCUGUAAUGGACACAGCCACGCGUCACACACGCUCACCACAAGCCCAUCCCUUGCAGGACCAAGCUCACCGUAAGCAAGCAGUGCUGCGUCGCUGCUCAGCAGAAGGCACACAGGCGUCCUCCUCAAGCACCGCACGGAGCCCAUCAGCAACACACACAGCUGCCCUGAUGCUGCGCGGGCAUUUGGCUGCUCCUCCUGUGCUGCCCACCAGCACUGCACACCUCCCGCGGCCUGACGUGCUCCUGCCCCACACUGCUGGGACACACCCAGACCACGGGGGACAGCGCUGACCCGAAGAAGCCGGGCAGCUCCGUGCCGCUGUGGAAAAGUGCUGUGUGCUGUGCUGGACAGCUGAGCCUUCCACGAGAUGACCAAUAAACCCCUCAUAUACAAAACUCA